AUGGGAAAUAACCUGAUGCUUGUUGGAUUGAUAUUUCAAAUAUUGACACUGGGAUUAUUUGCUGUGCUCUGCUUGGAAUUUAUUUGGCGCGUCAAGCACUAUCCCAACCGCAAGAGGGCCGAGUUUCAGUAUAUCCGCGAGAGUCGACGAUUUCAAGGCUUCCUUGUCGCGGCAUUUAUCACAUUUAUCACGAUUUUUAUUCGAUGCGUCUAUCGUGUUGUUGAGCUUGCGGGAGGAUGGAAUAAUAAGCUGCAGAGAGAAGAAACUCCAUUCAUUAUCUUGGAGUCAGGAAUGGUCUCGGUGGCUGUCUUUGCAUUUGCUCUCUUCCACCCCGGUCGUGCAUUUGACGACUCAUUUGGCAACCUUUAUUCUUCUGUCGAAAAGAGCUCGAGAGGAGAGGACGCUGAAAUGAAACUGAUGCCGCAGUGA